UUACCAUUAAACAAUAAAAGCCCGAAGAGAUAGUACAUUUUUCUAACUUCGGUUACUGUGACAUUUUGUAUAAAAUUUUCCAAUUCAAUUUGUUCUAGAAAUUGAAAAAAUAAAAGGCAUGGAAACGAAAACUUUAAAUCUUGGAGAUCAAUUUCCCAAUUUUCAGGCUGAAACCACUCAAGGUAACAUUGAUUUCUACGAAUGGAUGGGUGAAUCCUGGGCCGUUUUGCUUUCUCACCCUGCUGAUUAUACGCCGGUUUGCACCACCGAACUGGCUCGCGUUGCUGCACUGUUACCUGAGUUUGAAAAACGUAACGUUAAACCUAUUGCUUUAUCUUGUGAUACUGUGGAUUCGCACAAAGGUUGGAUUGAAGAUAUUAAAUGUUACGGCAAAUUAUCUAGUUUUGAUUACCCAAUCAUCGCCGACAAUGAACGUAAACUAGCUUUAAAGUUGAACAUGCUUGAUAAGGAUGAAAUUAACGCUGAAGGUAUACCGUUGACUUGUCGGGCUGUAUUCAUUGUUGAUGAAACUAAGAAACUACGCUCGCAGAUACUUUAUCCCGCCACAACGGGAAGAAAUUUUAAUGAAAUUUUACGCGUUAUCGAUUCCAUGCAAUUAACUGGGAGAGAAUCCUUGGCAACUCCAGCAGAUUGGAAUCAAGGAGAUACUUGUAUGAUUUUACCUACACUUUCCAACGAAGAAGCUUCAAAAAAGUAUCCUAAAGGCUUCAAGACAUUUAAUGUACCUUCGGGAAAGACGUAUAUCCGCCAAACGCCGCAGCCAUAAUGCCAGCCAAGUCCUAAAAGUUGGUUUUUUGUUUUGUUUAAACUAUACUAGUAUUAACUUUCCAUUGCAUUUUAAUUAAAUUGUCAAAAAUAAAACGCACAAUUUAAAGAAAA